UGAUAAUUGCGGGAGUGAGACUUUUUCAAACGACUGCUAUGUAACUGUCGUGGCUCGUAAAUAUUCAUCGGAUGUUUGCUACGUUCUUUGUCCCGUACGUUUAAAACUUUAAAUAGUUAUUUAUUGAUGAUGGAUGAUUUUGUCAACACCAAUUUAGAAAGCAAAUAUGGUUUUUUGCUUCAACCGGUGAAAGAUCUGUCCAAAAAUUUUAAUAUUGAUCUUAAUUUGCAUCUUGAGGAAUAUCUCUUGGAGUUGGAAUCAGGAAUUCUCUCCCAAAGGAAGGGAUUUGAUGGAGUAGAUUUUAUUGAAGCAGCUCUUAUUAUCAAAGGAUCAGCAUCUAUUUAUGCUAAAAAAGUUGACUACUUAUACCAGCUCACUCAGCUUGCAAUAAAUACUUUGAAUGGCAUAGUAAGUAACAAGAAGAAGUCAGAUGAAAAGCCAAACUCUGCAGGACAAAGUUCAGUUGGCUUGGAAGAAACUAAAUUUCUAGCAUUGGACGAUAUGGAGACGAGCAAGAACACUUCUUGCAAAGAGGAAAACUUUGAAGCUACAUUUUCUGCAACGUUGCCAAUUUCAUUCCAAAAGUUGAAACCCCAUGAUGAAGGCAUCAAACAAUCCAGUGAGGCUAUUUCAAAAGAGUACGAAUUUUUGAUGCGUACCUGCCAGCUGGUCGAUGGCCUACUUAUAAUCAACUACUCUGAAAUGAACGAACUCAUUCAAUCAGCUGCAGACAAAAAUUCAGGUGCACAGCUGAAGGACCACAAUGAACAUCCUUCAGAUGGUGAGGCUCACCAUUUUGAUGGUCUCCUAAAUGAGGAUGCUGAUGCUGAUGAGAGUUCAAUGAAUGCUUCAUUUAAUCACGAUGGUGAUGAUAACAAAGUCGACAAUACUGUAAAGCCAGGCAUUCCAAGCAAUGAAGUUUGCCAAACAGAUGAAUAUCAAUCAAAUAAACUGUAUCCAAGCCAGCACAAGCCAACAAAACUACAGAAGCGGCCAAUGAAAGGUUCAUUGAGAGGACUGCAGAUGUUGGAUGCUUACACAGUUGACAAGGAAAACACAUGUCCUCUCAAAAUAGGAAGACCUUACCGGGACGUCCAAACAGAAGAAACUUUGAAGGAAGUGCCGCCGAGGAAGGCAUUGCAGUCUCUCCUCUCCUUCCAACAAAAGGAAGUCUCAAACUCUUCAGUACGGACAUUCAAAUCACACUGGAUGGAUGCUGCAUGUAUCAACUUUGUAAAGGAAUGCCAGCCAGAAAGUUCUAACAAAAGCAGGAGAUAUUCAUCCACACCCCUAGAGGCUGACCACGACAUCGGUGAGAGCGACGAUGAUGUCGACGGUUGCGGCGAAGUUGAAGGAUGCCAUGAUGCUCAUUUGGAUGACGAUCGGAAGCCACAAAUGAAUGAUGUCUUUGAAAGUUCUUACGAAAGUGCCAUUAAAAAACAUUUGGAUCAGUUCAUAUUAAAUGCAGAGUGUUACGCCAAAACAACGGAACUUUCUCGAAAAGUGAUGGAGUGGGAAGAUAAGAUAUUACCGUGUUUGCUUGAGCAGGAACAACAGAAACCUUUCAAUGUGCAUGAGUAUGAAGCUGAAAUUAUCAACAAACUCAGUUCUCUGUCAUCAUCAAAUGGACCUGUAGAUUUUAGUAAAGUUGUUGCUAACGAAAAUUCUGAGGAAAUCUGUCGCUACUUUAUGUCUGCUCUGCAUUUGGUUAAUCAUGGAAACUUGGAAUUGGAACAACAAUCGGGAGAAAUGAAUGUUAAUGUUCGAUUGCUAAAUCAGAACCGGUAUCAAAUGUCGCUUGGUGUCGUCGCCAGAACUGAUGAUAGUUUUUCGUAAUUUAGUUUUUUUGUAAUUACAUUCCGUCUUUUUUUGGCUCGUAAAAUCUCUGCGUUAAAGUCGUUCAUUAAGAUUAUUUUGUGCUAAUAAAUUUCUAAUUUUUUACUCAAAUUUAGAAAAUUAAAUUGAAAUAUUUU